AUGCUCAUAACUCCUCAAAGUGAGGAUCACGGUUCCGUAAUCGGCACCGCAAUUAAACGAUACUACUACGACUACGACUACAACAGCGGAUGGUACACGUGGAGAUGGCUAUUAUGGCUUUUGGUAUUGAUACCGGUAUUCUUUAUCAUUCUCAUGUUUUUCUUACGAAGGAGAAGCCCAACCACUACUGUAUACUACCCAUCACAAGAUGUGAAUCAGCAGUACUACCAGGGGCAAUAUCUGCAACCGCAACCACAACCACAACCACAACCACAACAGCAGAAUUAUGUCCCUCCUCCGUAUCCACAAACGUAUCAGACUGGUGGCUAUAGCCACUUUGACAGUGACGCAUAUUCCAAUUACGGUCCAAGUGGAGGUGCUGGUUAUGCAGACGGUGCUCAACAGCAAGGUUACUAUCCCAAAGACCAGCAAGAAUAUAGCAAUGGUGGUGUUACUGGUCGAGAGCACCAUUAUUCUCCGCCUUCAGGACCGCCUCCUGCACAUGCCAAGUCGUGA